AUGUGUGACCAGUUGUUGAAGUUUCUUUCAGGAGAAAAAAAUAUUAGAGAAUGUAGUGCUGAAGAACUAAAAGAAUUACCAAUUGAUUUCUUCUUAAAAUAUGUCGAUAGCUCUACGCUUCUACAUAUUUGGGGUCUGCUGCCAGUAGAACACAGGCAAGAAUUUGAGUUGCAAAUAAAAUUACCAUGUUUUAUACAUUACAACAGACCUGAUUGGAGGACUCAUGUUGAUGGACCUCCAUCGUCACAGAAAACAUGCACUUUUUGCAUAAAAGCUUUUGCUAAUUAG